GGAUCGACAGAGUCGCUUUUGGGCAAUGCGUCGCCAUGAGCAGCCGGCCUAGCUAUCUGCGGCAGGAGCAGCUGCUCUAUCAGCAUCAGCGGCCAGCUAAUAUUAAACGCCUACGUCAACAGGCGUUGCCUAUUUACGGACGCAGCUAUUCGCUCGAGGAGCAGGCAGCAGCAGCAGCCGCCACUGGCCAUUUUGUGCCAGUCUACUCAAAGUUUAUCUAUCCUACACAACAACAACAGCAGCUUCAGCAGCAGCUGGAGUUGCAACAACAGCUUGGAUUUCAUGACUCUCUCAACUCGCUGGAAAGCGAUUGCACCGACUAUGAUGACUAUGAGGGACCCUAUAUUGUAGAGCAGCCAGCGGUGCUGGCUGAACCACCAGCUGCCUCCAAAGUGGUGCAGAACUUGAAUGCCUUGGGUCGUUUGUUUGACCUGUUACAGCGUUUGCCACUGCCCCUUUUAUCCUUCAACACGACCUGCAUUUGCUCGCUCAUCAUUAUAUUUAUAGCGCCACGCACUUGUGCACAGACUCUAUUGUUUCCCGCUUUCAGAUUGUUCUUGGGCACUCUAUAUCCGGCCUAUGCCUCCUACAAGGCCGUUCGCACAAAGAAUGUCAAGGAAUAUGUCAAAUGGAUGAUGUAUUGGAUUGUCUUUGCAUUUUUCACAUGCAUUGAGACAUUUACGGACAUAUUCCUGUCCUGGUUCCCAUUUUACUAUGAGGUCAAAGUGGUAAUUGUCUUCUGGCUGCUAUCGCCAGCUACGAAAGGCAGCUCCACAUUGUAUCGCAAGUUCGUGCAUCCGAUGUUGACACGCCGUGAACAGGAUAUCGAUGAGUAUUUAAAUCAGGCACGCGAACGCGGCUAUUCAGCGGUGCUGCAAUUGGGCUCAAAGGGCGUUAAUUAUGCCACAAAUGUCAUCAUGCAGACGGCCAUAAAGGGCGGCGGCAAUUUGGUGCAGACCAUAAAGCGCAGCUAUAGCCUCAGUGAUCUCAGCGAGCCCGAUAUGCAUCGCACUCAGGAUGAGCUGGACGAGGUGAUGAUGUUGUCGCCGGGAUCCUCCUCGUCGCUGAUGAUGCGACCCCAAGCGACACGACUACUCCGGCAACGGCAUCACACUCCGGUCGGUCGUUCCGCCAGCGGCACACGUCACUCAACUGGCAUGUAUUUCACCGAAGUGGAUGUCACCGCCACCUCCUCUGCAGCGGCAGGCAAACAAGCCGGCGAUUUCAACUACAAUAUACGCAGCACGGAUGACAUCAGUUCGGGUUACUCCAGCGCUGAGCCAAUUAGUGUUCCAGUCGGUGGCAGCGGCCUCAGUCGCACCUCAUCCAUGACAAACGCUUCCAAGGCGCGUGCGAAGUCCAAACGCAGUGAGCAAAUGCUGGAAGAUCUGCGCGCUGAAGUUUAUUUGGAGAAUGAGCGUUACUUCCAAGUGCAGAAAGAGCAACCAGAGAGUGAGCAAAGACAAAGGCAGUCAAAGAUUGUGGAGAGCAGCGAGGAAGAGAAUGAGAAAAACAAUGCGGAUGUAGAGGACACAGAUGAGGAUGAGGAUAGUUUCUAUGAGGCAAUGCCCAUGUUGGAAGAAGAAGCCACGGUAACAGUCAAAGAGCCUCCAAAAGAAAUGGUACAUGAGGAAAAGGAAGAAUCUCACAAGGAAACUGAAGCUGAAACCAAUUCAGGUGCUUAUCAAGUGCAAGCCAAGAGCGAGGACUUCCAUGUGGAUCCCUUUUUGGUGGUACUCACCCAAUCCCGAUCGGAAAUGGAGGCCGCACAGCAGCAAGAAGUGAGCAACACAGAAGAUGCCUUAGCCCAGGCAAAUACAGUGUCGCCAAGAGAAUUGCUCGCCACGCUGGAGCAGAUCAAGCACAGUUUUCGGGCACAACUCGAGCCAGAUCAGGCGGCACUCCGUCCCAGGGCGCAGCAUGCCAAGGGACGUGCACCGGCGCCACCAUUGCCACCUUUGCCACCGCGAAAGGACUCGCGUGUGGCUGCAGCAGCAGACAGUGUUAGCAUAACAUCGACCACGUCGCAAUCGGAGCGCGGCAAGUCAGGACAAAUCAAUGUCGGCCAGCUGCACCACUUUGCCACGUAGCAGCAGCAGCAGGAGCAAGGCGGACAAAUCUCAGGCAACGACUGCUUUUGGCCAGGCCAAACCACGCACCAAGUAA